AUGGGCCCUGAUCCACCCGAUCCCCCUAAGCCCCCUGACGUCCAGGAAAGAAGCAUGGAAUUGGACAUCUCUCAGAAUAAGAGGCAAAGGUGUCCGUCACCUGAGUCUACAGAUGAAUCCCCAAUUAAACGCUUUGUUCCAUCAGAUCCCAUUUUACCUUCUGUUAAUCCAUCUAUAUUUGUUGAUCCUAUUUUAAAUAAUCCUUUAAGAUAUAGUGGUGAUGAAGUUGGACCAUACAUUGUCCACGUAUCUCGCGUAGAAAACGAUUCUUCUGCUGGCCUGUCCAUCCGUCCUAUCAAAUUUGGAUCUUUCUUGUAUAGACAAAAAGUACCUAAUAUUUUAAGAGACGGAGUAAAAUCUGUUGGCCGUAAUAGAAUAUCAGUUGAGUUUGCAUCAGCUGAGGAUGCUAAUAAUUUUUUAUAUUUACCUGCUUUGGCCGAAGCUAAAUUUAAGGCAUUCAUUCCUACCUAUCACAUCACCCGCAUGGGUAUUGUAAAAGGUAUACCUGUAGAAUGGACCAUGGAUGAUUUGGUGGAGUGUGCAGAAUUCCCUAACAGGCACGGUCGCAUACUUAAAGCACGUAGACUUAAUAAAAAAUCUAGCCUUGAUGGGAUUACAACUUGGGUCCCGUCCCAAACAGUGGUACUUACUUUCUUGGGCCAAGUAAUGCCAUCAAAAAUCUACUGUAGGUACACUUCUCUCCCCGUAGAAAUUUAUCACUACCCAACCAUCCAGUGCCACAAGUGCUGUCGCUUUGGGCACAUCCGAGACCAGUGCCGCUCAAAAGAGAGGUGCUACAAAUGUACACAAAACCACUCGGGUGACUCCUGUCCCAUUCAAGAAUCUCAAGCACUAUGUGUCCACUGCAAUGGCACUCACUUUGCCAUUGACAAAAAUUGCCCGGAACACAGCCGGCAAAAGUCAAUUAAACUUUUGAUGGCCACAGAAGGUAUCUCAUUCGAGGAAGCCUCUAAGCUAACCCCUCCAGUGUACAGACCGUUUUCGGAAACAGCCAGUUUCGUUUUUGCGCCCAGAUCACAACAAUGA